UGCUCCGCUGCGCCCGCCCGCCCGCGCGCCCUGCCUGCCCGCGGGCACAGGCCGGUCAGCGCGAGGCGGAGUCUGCAGCGAGAGACCCAGCGGCGGCACACACUUAAAUUACGUGCCCGGCGCGAGCAGGAGCAGCAGCAGCCGCCGCUCCGGCACUGAGGCACCGCAGCGCAGCCCUAGACACCUCUGCUGCUGCUCGCCAUGGGAUCCGCCGCCGAGCAGCCGGGCAGGGCCACGGGCCUCGUGUCCAGCCUGCUGAACGACACCCUCGAGUUCUACCGCUGGAGCUGGAGCAUCCGAGACAAACGUGUUGAUGACUGGUUCUUGAUGCAAUCUCCAUUUCCAACACUGACUAUAAGCACUCUUUACCUCCUCACUGUCUGGCUGGGUCCCAAGUGGAUGAGGAGAAGAGAACCCUUCCAAUUGCGCUUCUUGCUGGUUAGCUACAACUUUGGAAUGGUUCUACUUAACUUCUAUAUUUUCAAAGAGCUAUUUUUGGCAUCCAGAGCUCGAGGAUACAGCUAUGUCUGCCAGACUGUGGAUUAUUCAGAUAAUAUUUAUGAAGUCAGGAUAGCUGGUGCUUUAUGGUGGUACUUUGUCUCAAAAGGAAUUGAGUACUUGGACACAGUAUUUUUCAUCUUGAGGAAGAAAUUUAACCAAAUCAGUUUCCUUCAUGUCUAUCACCAUUUCACUAUGUUCACCUUGUGGUGGAUUGGUAUCAAGUGGGUUCCAGGAGGACAAGCUUUUUUUGGAGCCCAAAUGAAUUCUUUUAUUCAUGUUGUUAUGUACAUGUACUAUGGAUUAGCUGCCUGUGGCCCUAAAUUUCAGAAAUAUCUGUGGUGGAAACGAUACUUGACCAUAUUACAAUUGAUUCAGUUCCACGUGACUCUUGGCCACACAGCCAUGUCUAUUUAUAUCGACUGUCCCUUCCCUAAAUGGAUGCACUGGGGUGUAAUGAUCUAUGCCGUCACCUUUAUUUUCUUGUUUGGUAACUUCUACUAUCGGACAUAUAAAAUGCCCAAGGAACCCAUUAAGAAUGGCAAAAUAUUGAAUGGUGCUGUUGCAAACGGUGUAAACAAACUAGAAAACAAUCUAGUGGUGGAAAAUGGAAAAAAGCAGAAAAAGGAAAAAGCAAAAGGAGAGUAACUUAUCCAGGCCUUAACCAUUGCUGGCAGUGGGGAACCUCCAGUUUGGUUUAAAAAGAAAAAGGAAAAAAAAAGAAACACAAUGUACCAAUUAACCCUUAGGUUACUGAAGAGCUAGAACACAGAUAUUUUCAUUAUUUAUGAAGAUUGUUUUAACAAAAAUACUUCAAGUUAAGUUUCUGUUGUAAUUAUGUAAUUAUCAAGCAUUUGAUGAUCUCUGUGUAAACUUUUAGAUUGCUGGUGCUGGUGAAUGUAAGAAAGAAUUGCAGUAAAUAACAUGUUUUAGCAGUCCAAAGGUUAAUAUUACCAAUGAUCCAAUGAUUUGUUGAAGCCCACAUUUCUAUGUGGAAAAAGGCAGCUUUUGAAUAUUUCUGUUUCUGCCAGAAAUUUAUUAAAUUCCAAAUUAUGAUGUUGUAUGUUUUUAUCUGAAAAUACAAACUCUCUUAUCAUUAAUUAGAGAUAUCUCAAGACACAGUUAUGUUUAUAUGCUGAACAGAAUCUGUUGACUUAUCAGACUCUCCUUGUUUUGAUUUAGUGUCUGCUACAAUGUUUCUUCUAUUGUGGAAAUAUACCUACCUCUUAAUCUGCUGAAAAGAACAUUUAACAUUAAAUAACUUUAAUUUCUGAAAUAUGGAGUCUUCUAAUAUAAAUAUCAGUUAAUGCUAAUUGGAGAAAGAAAUUGCUUUUCUGAAAAAAUACAUUUUCACCUGUUUUGUAGAAUUAUCAUCUGUCCCUUUCAAUGCAAGCUUGGAAUGGUAUUUUGGAUGUGAUUAAAUGGGGAGAAAACUUUAAAAAAAUAUAUUUAUAUGAAACAAAGUACAUCUCAUAGCCUAAAAUAAUCCAUCUGAUGUAAGGUUAUUCUACCUUGUCCCCCACCUGCAUUAAACCCAUGGUGCUAACUCUUACAACACUCAGAAUGAUUGUGUGGUGUUAUGGUGAGGGGGAACAUACUGUAGAACUUAAUCCUUCUUUUGCAAAUGCUACGUGCGUUCGACGCCAGUCAUGUUUAAAUAGAAAACAGGCACACUUCAUCAGGAGAGAGAAUCUGCCGUUAAAGUAUGUCUUUACAGCAAAUACAUUGUAGGUAUAUUCUGGAAAUAUCUACCCAUCAGUUGGUCUUGCAUCUUAGUAUUUUGAUGAUUGUAGACUACACAUCUGGUAUUGUUUGCAGGCCACUGCCUAAUGCAAAUGAUAGAGGUAGAUUGGCUGGCAUUCCUCCAAUAGUGCUGGCUCUUGUCAGUCUAAGUUACAGGGUUGCUCUGCCUAUCAUUCCUUAGUCAAAAAAGCUAUAAGAAGACAAAGCCUUUUUAUAUAGCACUUCACAAAGAUUAAUCUUUCCUUCUGUGAGGAAAGCAUGGCAGUAUUUCUUAUUCCUUUUCUGUUUAGAUGGAUACUGAGGCAUGGAGAAUUGUCACUUGUUCCAGCUCACAAUGAAUAUGAUGGGACUGGGACUCGAAAGUAGGGCUCUUAACUCCUAGUUCUCUGGUUAGAUCCCAAGAGCUGUCCUGCUGGUUCCCAGAUACGUUUCUGACAUUUGUGGUUAAAAACAGGUGCAUCACUAGUCAGCUCUCUUAGACUGAGGAAAUGGUACAAUUUUUAAAGUAAAGAAUUUAUAAGAAGCUCUGUAUGUAGAAGUUAAAAUAUCCAACACAAUUUAAAAAUUUUAAGUUAUCCAUCCACCCUAUAAUAAACAAUAGGCAAACAAAACCAACACCUCUUCUGUUACUAUGUUUCUGUCCUUCCCCAUUUUACUAAAAACUCUCUCUGUAUCCAAAUACCAAGAUAGGAAUGCAAGGAAGAAAACUUGAGGACAUAGCCUGUAGUUCUGGAAAUGAGGAUUAAAUUGGAAGUCAGUUCUUCAGUAGUAAGCCCUCUUCUUACCCCCAAGCAGAAUACAUGACCGGGUACUGGAUGGCUAGAGCAUAGGGGCUUUAUUGCACUGGAACUGCAUUAAUUAUCCUAUUGGCUUAGUCUUGAUGCUUUCCAAAAAAAACUCUGGAUUUGUACAAAUGUAUAUUUCUGUGUAAUGAUAGUCAUAAAGCAUGUGGGAGGGGAAAAGGGUCGAGGUCUUUCUCAAACAAAUCUGCAUGUAUUCUCCCUACUUCUAGUAAACUAGCAUUUUGGCUUGGAUGUUUUUAUUUCCUUUCUUUUUAAGCCAAAUUAAAUAAAGUGAUGCAUACAUGUAACAUCUUCUGGCUCCUAAAGAGCCUCUCGAGAAAUGUUCUGGUACAGGUUCAGUUAUCUCUCUGCCACAUCUUUGAAAUAAAAAUUUCAUCUUGCAUGUUGACCAGUAUUUGGGAACCAAAUUCCCACUUACUGUAUGCAUCGAAAGUGCACAUAAGGAUAAAAACAGCUGAAGCCUAUGGCAGGAAGUUAGGCAAAUCUUACAUUGGAAUUUUGGGUCUAUGACUUUGGAAUUCUGGGUCAGCUGGUGAUUGUAAAUGGGGAGCUUGCUGGUGGUAAAACUACAUUCUGAGUGAAUCCAGGUGCAGGCACAGCUCUUAUGUCAGCUGGGCUCACAGGCAAAGCCAGUUAUAGAGAUCUUUCCUGGCACACUGCUAUAUGUAGCGUUUACCAACAUUGUCACUGAGGUAGCAUUGAGCCUGCAGCAUCCGUCCUCUGCUACAGGGUUUUCCUUGAUCCAGUUCUUGUCUAUUGAUGCCCGUAUGAUUCAGUCCUACUUUGAGCCGGAGUAUGAUGUCUCUUAUUGGUGGAGCGUUCUGCAGUUUGACGAAUGGCAUAGCAUGGCUGUGAGUGGAAUACUUCUACUUUCUUUCUAUUCCUUCCUGUGUCUGAGAAGCCAGAGCUGCAGAACACAGCCAAAGUUGACAUUUUGCAGUUCAUCCUCUCUCCUCAGGUUUGAGGCAGUAAUGCACAUGUAUGCACUGCUAGAAACUCACUGUCUUGCCCAUUCUGUGCCUUGCCUGAUUGUCCAUGGCACCUCAGAAUUUGGCUCCAGAUGUAGACAAAGUAGAAUGCAUGUGAAAAUACGUGUACAGAUACACAAAAUUAAAACUUAAGUGCUGAAAAUUUGUAUAGUGAAUUAUUUUUUUGCUAUUCACUUUUUAUAUAAUCAUGACUCUAUUUAACCAUUUGACAACUAGGACUUUUCCAUUGAAAGGAAUUUCUUUCCUAAGAAAUUUUGAAACCUUUGGACCAAUCAGCUGUCAUACCACUUGUACCUGACCCCACACAUAUCUCCUCAACCCUAUUUCCCAUAGUGAAACUUCAUCUCUUGAUAACUUAAUUUUUUUUAAAGCAAACUAGGAUUUAUAUAUGUUCUUAACAGGUACUCCCAAUUUGAGAAGUAACUGAUAAAUUUUAAAUAGGACGUUUGGGUGCUUCUAGGGAUUAACCACCAAAACCAAGCUGCUUUCACUGAUUAUAGCUUGAUGCCAGGCAUUUCAAAUGUGAAUGGCAUUUGUUGGUCAUUUUAGGCAUAGGCUUCUGGGAACCUCACAGUGCCCCUUGUUCAAAUGUAAAACAGCAGAUUGAGGGAUGUGAUCAUUCCUCUCUAUUCAACAUUGGUGAGGCCUCAUCUGGAGUACUGUGUCCAGUUUUGAGCCCCGAACUACAAGAAGGAUGUGGAAAAAUUGGAAAGAGUCCAGCGGAGGGCAACAAAAAUGAUUAGGGGGCUGGAGCACAUGACUUAUGAGGCGAGGCUGAGGGAACUGGGAUUGUUUAGUCUGCAGAAGAGAGGAAUGAUGGGGGAUUUGAUAGCUGCUUUCAACUACCUGAAAGGGGGUUCCAAAGAGGAUGGAUCUAGACUGUUCUCAGUGGUACCAGAUGACAGAACAAGGAGUAAUGCUCUCCACGGCCACUGGGGGGGGGAAGGCAAGUGGGGCAAUUUGCCCCGGGCCCCACAGGGGCCCUCACGAGAAUAUAGUAUUCUAUAGUAUUGCAACUUUUUUUAUGGAAGGGGCCCCUGAAAUUGCUUUGCCCCGGGCCCCCUGAAUCCUCUGGGCAGCCCUGAUGGUCUCAAGUUGCAGUGGGGGAGGUUUAGGUUGGAUAUUAGGAAAACCUUUUUCACUAGGAGGGUGGUGAAGCACUGGAAUGCAUUACCUAGGGAGGUGGUGGAAUCUCCUUCCUUAGAGGUUUUUAAGGUCAGGCUUGACAAAGCCCUGGCUGGGAUGAUUUAGUUGGGAAUUGGUCCUCCUUUGAGCAGGGGGUUGGACUAGAUGACCUCCCGAGGUCCCUUCCAACCCUGAUAUUCUAUGAAAAUAAAUAUGGAUGUCUCAAAUGCACAUUAAUUGGGGGAUCAUUGUCAUCCAUACCUACAGACAUCACAUGUCAUGCAUGCUCUGAUAGCUGACCAAUGACUCCAUUCGAUGGUAGAGAGCAUUUUAAGAAAACUACACGGUUAAUGGGAUAAGGGAAAAGUCUUCCUCAGAAUAAGCUUCUAGUACAUCUGGCAACCAUGUGCUCGAAGUUGGGAAUGGAUACAGGUUUACAGGCCCCAAUUCUGCAAAGAUUUGUGAACAUGCUUAGUUUUAUUCACCUUUACCAACUUCAGUGGGAUUGCUCAUGGUGUGUAAAGUUAAACCAGGCAUUGCUUUGGUGCAAUAACUUGUAAAUAAAAGCUUGUAAUUUGGCAUGUUGCAAUUUGGAUGGAAGGGAGAUUUAUUACUGGAUGUCUUGAAUCAGUUGCAAGCACAAGCAAUGAAAAUCUAGAAGGGGGGAGAAGUAGCAAGUCAUCUCUGACUUCUAGUCACCCAGCAAUGUGGUGCCAGAAUUAAUCGGACAAAUUUUCUGCUAGUAUAAGCUCUUGAAAUUCCACUAAAGUCAAUGGAGUUGUGCUCAUUUACAUCAGCAGAGAAUUUGGUCCAAUUACUUCAGUUUCCAAAGAAUGAAAAAAUACUUGCUUUCUGUGUGUUUGUUUUAUUUGCCAAUAAUGCAUGUAAAUAGAACUAAUGAGUGGUUAGGGAGGCUUCUUGUGCAUAGGAUGCUUUGCUUUUGUAAACAUUAAAAUAAAAUUUAUUUUUCCUGCUGCUCA